AUGGUAUCCAUACAUGUACUCGGUUUGUUCCUUCUCUUUGGCAAGCAGACUCUUGCUCAGGAUGGACAAGGAGUUGUCGUUGUGCCGCUUGAGCGGCGAGACGACCCUCUCCAAUAUUUCAUGAAAUUCCAAGUCGGAGAGCAAACAAUGAAGGGGUUGCUCGAUACCGGUAGCGCCGACCUUCUUAUCUUUCAACAGGGCUCAGACAUCUGCAAGCUUGACCUUCAACAAUGUGAUAACUCAACCACGAAGAACUUUGUCACUGGAGCCUUCGACCCAACCAAGGAGCAGGGUAGUAUCCAGCAAGUUGGGGAGAAGCUUAACGCCAGCUUUGGCAAUGGUGCCGAAAUUCAAGGCGAAUUUAUCAAGGCCCCCUUCCGAUUCUCCCCAGGCAGCCAGUCCGUUAAUCUGCAAAUGGGACUCGGUAUGACGGGAAAACUCCCAACGCCAAAGCAACCAAUCAUUCCUAUCAUUGGAGUGGGUCCGGUACAAGGAGAAUCUGCCGCCACUAAAAAUCCGAACAACACCCACCCGAAUAUUCCAGCCCAACUCAAGAACGAUGGCAUUAUUAAAUCCAAUGUCUUUGGCUUGUCAUUGGCCGGUCUUGAUCGCAACGACGACCAGGAUCAAGACGGCGAUAUUAGUCCAAAUUCCCCUGGAGCUACAGGCAAUAGGAGUGAGCCCCAUACAGUCAGGACAAAUCAGCCAAGCGGACAAGCGGGCGGCGACAGAAGUGGAUGCGUACCAGGAAUGAACUACAAAAGAAGAAUAACUCCAAGUCAUCCAGCAGGAUUCAAGCGAUCAGUUAUACCCCCUAGAGCCUCGUAUUCCAAUUACUGCAGCAGCAUCAAGUGCCGGCAGAAUGAGAAUGAGCAAGACGGAAAUAUUUUAUCCGACGAGUUGCCACCUAUCAUUCUCAUCGAUUCCGGUGCUCCAGGUGCCUUUUUGCCACCACAGACUGUCCAGGCAAUUGCCGACGGUUUAGGGACAACAAUUAACCAACAAAACAGAACUCUCAAUGCAGUCGCAUGCAAUCAACUGCUGGGGAAAGCAAUUAACUUUAGCAUGGGAAAUGACAGCGUCCAAGUCGAGGUCCCGCUUGAAUUGAUUAUGACGCCGCACACCGUUAUGUCUCUAGGCAAUAGCUCAAACGAACAGAGCCAAAACUCUGACGGGAUGUGCAAGUUACCGAUAUUUGUUACAGACCCUGCAACUCCCUUUUCCAUCCUGGGCGCACCUAUAAUGCAGAUGAUGUACAUAAUCCAUGACAAGGAAACCGAGGCACUCCAUAUUGCGCGGGCGAAAAUGGGACAGACACAAUCUGAUAUUCGGGAGUUCGUAUCACCUAACGACGUCGAGAGCAUCCAGAACGGCCUAAGCAGUGUAGGUAGCGAAGGCAGUGCAGGCGGUUUAGGCUAG